AUGGAGGGCGAGCGCGAUGCCAAUGCUGCCGGCCCAUCAGGCAGUUUAGAGGCGGCAUGGAAGCAGUUCGGACGAGACAACCCUGCCGGCAAGGCCCUGUUCAAGCUGUACAACAAGGACGCCGCGAAGCAGAUUGGCAAUUCGUACCACACGAGGAACAAACAGGUGCACGACAAGAAACUAGCCAGCGGCUGGACACCACCUCCUGUAACCGUCGCUUGGGGUUUUGAUUGGCAAGCUCUGGAACCCUACAUCUACGUCCUGACUUGGUGCCACAGUAGCGGCCGUUGGCCGUCCAUGGUUCUCCAUAGUUCCUCCGGAGCUUUUACGGACCCCGGACCCCGCAUUUGUGUGGAACUUAUAACGUGUGUGCUUGUGUGUUACAUGGUCGUGGGGGACGUGCCGGGCAUCGCAUAUGGGCUAGGGAUUGCUCACCUUGUCGGCAGUCCUGGCCUACGGAACCCGUGCUUGAAGGUCUUCCUGGCCAUCCUGUUCCCGUGCUCAGUGUUGCACCUCAUGCGUAGAUACAUCUUAGUAAUAAAGGAAGAACCACCCAAGUUGAAGGCGGAAAAGCCCCAGGUGCAAGUCCCCAAGUUUCCGAAGCGGAUAGAGUAUGAGACCGCACGCAUAAACUACAUCUCGCGACGCCGGCCGUUUGAGGUGAUCCGUCAGGAGAUUGACGCAGAAUACGAGAGGAUGCGCGCCUCUCCGCAGGCGCCGCCUAACCGGCCUGUACUGGAUGACAAGGAGAAGGCAAGGCUUGCGGAGCUCAUGCGCUUCCGUGGCAAGGUGCCGGCGGUGACACCCGAGCAGUUAGCGGCGCAGUGCAAGGCAGGCGAGUGGCAGCUGCGGGUUGAUCUGGGUCUCAAAAGAUCCGCGCCUCGUAAGUCUGAGAAAGAGCAGCUGGAGGAGAUGUUCGAGGAAAUUGUUAAGGAAAUCGAAGAGCGGCGGGAGUUCCUGCAGGCCUUGGAGUCUGCGGGGCGGUUGCGGUUGGACACGGUCCACAUGGGCGCGGGAAGGACCACGCUUGACUGGCAUGAUUUUGUAUCUCACAGCUUAUCGGCUGCAUCUAUAUUUGGAAAAAUCCGAGAUGCCCUCUACUUCCUGUUCCACCCUUUCCAGGUCAAGGGCAAGAUGGACUGCUGGAAUAGACCCAUUUGCAGCGCCCCAAAUGCUUGGGUUGACGUCAUGGAGCGCAGGCGCGCCAAAGACACGACGGGCGUGGAUUUUGCGCAGAUUGUACCGACUGGUGGGCACACGAGAUGCCUCAACCUGUCGUCGUACAAUUACCUGGGCUUUGCUGCGUUUGAUCCGUACUGCACUCCCCGUGUGGUGACCACGAUUGAGGAGCUAGGUAUCAGCUCCUGCAGCUCGCGCAUCCAUGCCGGCACGACCUCCGCACAUACGGAGCUGGAGGAGCUGGUGGCGCAAUAUCUCGGGGUGGAGGAUGCGAUUACGUAUGGGAUGGGUUUUGCGACCAACUCCUCUACUAUUCCCGCGCUGGUCGGAAAGGGUUGCCUUGUGAUGUCGGAUGCCCUGAACCACUCGUCUAUCGUGGCGGGCAUCCGAGCGAGCGGCGCCAAGGUCAAGGUAUUCCGCCACAACGACGCUGAUCACCUGGAGAAGUUGCUGAGGCUCGCUAUCGCCGAGGGCCAGCCCCGUUCCCAUCGGCCCUGGAAGAAGGUGCUGGUGAUUGUGGAGGGUGUGUACAGCAUGGAGGGAGAGACGUGCAGGCUUAAGGAGAUCGUGCAGGUCGCUAAGAAGUACAAGGCUUACACGUACCUGGAUGAGGCGCACAGCAUUGGUGCUCUUGGACCCACUGGUCGCGGCUGCUGCGAGCACUGGGGAGUUGACACACGGGACGUCGACAUUAUGAUGGGCACCUUCACCAAGUCGUUUGGUUCCUGUGGCGGUUACAUUGCCGGUCGCCGUGAAAUCAUCGACUACUUGCGGCGUCACUCACCCGCGCACCUGUACGCCUGCUCCAUGGCGCCGGGCUGCGUGAAGCAGGUCACCACUGCGCUGCAAGUAAUCAUGGGGUUGGACGGCACAGAUCGCGGCAAGCGCAAGAUUGAGCAGCUGCACGACAAUGCUAACUAUGUGCGGAGCCGCCUGCUGACCAUGGGCAUGGACGUGCUCGGCUCCUGGGAUUCGCCCGUCAUGCCGAUCAUGACUUACAGCGCCGCCAAGAUGGUGGCGCUGUCCCGUAUGACCCUCGCUCGUAACAUCGCCAUGGUCAUUGUGGGCUUCCCGGCGACGCCUGUGCUGCUGACGCGCACGCGGAUCUGCAUCUCAGCCGCACACACGCGCGAAGACCUGGACUGGGCACUGGAGCAGUUGGAAGAGGUCGCUGACCUCUGCAUGCUCCGCUACCGUACCAAGGCCCUGUACGCCCUGGUGGAGUCCGAGCUCAAGGACCACGUCAGACGCCACUUCGGUCCGCAGCUGGCGGAGCGGGCCACGAUCAAGGCGCUGGCGUCUGGCGAGCUCGACCUGCGCCGAUCGCAGCUGGCAAUUGAGAAAGACGGUGUUGGGUUGAAGCCCGCGUCUGGUCAGGACGCUGUCGGAGGCCAUUUGCAGGGAGGAAAGCAGCCCCAGCCGCAGCCCCAGCCGGCUCCAUCGGCAAAGCGGCAGCGCACAGGAACAGGUGGCGGCGGCAGCGGCAAGGUGUUGGAGGAGGAUAGCCCCAAAAACGCCGGCGCCGUGGCUGCCGUCACGCUGUCACCACGCGGAACCCGUGGUCAGCGCAAGCCACUUGCGAACAUGCAAGCGCACGCCAAGGCGUUUGUGCGGCCCGAGGUAGUGGUGACGAAGUGA